AAAGGCUUACCCGGGCAAGAGAAAUAAGAAAUUUGCUACACUCAUUGAAUCGCUCAUGAAUGUCCCCAAUUUGGGGAUAAUCGCCGGAAACAUGCAGGCUCAUCACUUUCGGAAAUGGCUGGACUUUCCGUUUAAUCCCAAACGUAUAGCAAGUCUGUUGGUGGGUUCCAUUCCUACCAGUGAUAUGCGCUUGCCAGAGACUGAUCUCAGAUACAAGACUUGGGAGGACUACUACACCUUUACUACACAGAGCAAAACCUAUGACGAGUUUGUGCUGAAGAGAGUGAAGACAUAUUUUGGCAACGGAAGCCGUUAUGAUACCGUAGUGAUAUUGGUUUGAUGAACAAGCGCACAUCGAGAACCCACUCCAAGCCAAGGUUGUGAAAUACGCGCAGCCAUCGCUCUGGCUCUUGACAAAAAUCUGUAAUGGGCGAUGAUCUUCUCACAUGGGGCCACCACAAAUAACAAGCUAUGAAAUAACUAUUUUGAGCGAACGCCACUGCUGUAGCCAGAUACUGACAUUUCUUUAUGCAAAAUUCAAUCGGUUAAAUUCGCA